AUGUCUGCUGCCGAUGCGAAGCCAUUGCCCUUCGUCUACCAGUUCGCGGCUGGUGCCGUGGCUGGCGUGUCAGAAAUUUUGCUCAUGUACGCAACUCCUCUCGUCCAAAUAUCCAGAAGUCAAACCGCUAAUACCAUCUCAAGGUACCCGCUGGACGUCGUCAAGACCCGAGUACAGCUUCAGACGAGCAAGUCUGUCGGAGAAGACAGCUACAAUGGCAUGGUAGACUGCUUCAGGAAGAUCAUCAAGAAUGAGGGUGCUUCAAGGUUGUACCGUGGUAUCACCGCUCCCAUCUUGAUGGAGGCUCCCAAGAGGGCUACUAAAUUCGCAGCCAAUGACUCAUGGGGCUCCUUCUACCGCAACCUGUUCGGCCAGGCCAAGAUGAACCAGUCUCUCUCCAUCCUCACUGGCGCCACUGCAGGUGCCACCGAAGCCUUCGUCGUCGUACCCUUCGAGCUCGUCAAGAUUCGGUUACAAGAUAAGGCGCAAGCACACAAGUACAACGGCAUGGUAGACUGCGUCACCAAGAUCGUCAAGCAGGAAGGACCUCUCACUCUCUACCAAGGUCUCGAGUCGACCAUGUGGAGACACAUUCUGUGGAAUGCCGGAUACUUUGGCUGCAUUUUCCAGGUCCGCGCUCUCUUGCCCGCAGCAACCACCAAGAAGAGCCAAAUCACGAACGACCUCAUGUCUGGUGCUAUCGGUGGCACUGUCGGUACCAUCCUCAACACUCCUAUGGACGUUGUCAAGUCGCGUAUCCAGAACUCUCCCAAGGUCGCAGGAUCAGUGCCCAAGUACAACUGGGCAUGGCCGGCUCUCGGUACGGUCAUGAAGGAAGAGGGUUUCGGGGCGCUAUACAAGGGUUUCCUGCCCAAAGUGCUGAGACUGGGCCCUGGAGGUGGUAUCCUGCUGGUCGUGUUCACCGGUGUCAUGGACUUCUUCCGCAACAUGCGCGAUGGCAAAUAA